UUUUAUUUAUUACAUUAUCAAUAUAAUACAUGUUUUUAUAAUGUACUUGAAUUAUAACUUUAAGCUCACUGAUAACAAUGCUCAGUAUAAAAGAUAACUUGUAUAACCAGUGGAACAUAUUUUCACAGACAAGAAACUUAUUUCACCAGCUUGGUGUUUAUAGUUGGAGGACAGUGAAGUUGGCUGCAGUUAUUUAUUUCCACAAAAUCUCUCUAGAAGCAAUGCAAGACGUCGUUACUACAACGAUUCUCCUGUUGAUAAACUACGCGUCGGGAAACCUGGACGAAAUGAUGCCGAAUUUGCCAAACCAGGAACCCUCAUCAGUUGAAUGUCCUGGAAGUUUUACCUGUAACACUGAUGAUCGUGAUCGUUACCGUACAGCUAAUGGGGCAUGUAACAACUUAAUAAGUCCUUCCAUGGGCAUGUCCUUUACGCCACAGGCUCGCUUUAUACCACCGAUGUAUAGUGAUGGUGAUGCCCCUAGAGACUACCAUGAUAUGCCGAGUGCCAGACUUGUUAGUAAUAAGCUAUUUGAUGCAAAAAAUACAACCAUCUUUUCUACUAUUCAUACAGUACAGCUUAUGGCUUAUGGACAGUUUCUAGCACAUGAUAUGGCAGCAACACCAGGUGAAGGAGCUGAUCUGGAUUGUUGUAACCAUACCAAUGCUUUGAAGAAAGAUUGUUACGCUAUACCAGUACCACAUGAUGAUCCAUUUUUUAAAAAUAUAACAUGUUUAAACUUUGUAAGAUCAUCCGCAGCAGACAAAAGCUGUAUGACAGGACAAAGAGAACAAAUGAAUGAUGUAACAUCGUUUAUUGAUGGGUGUAUGGUUUAUGGAUCAACAGAAGAGCAUAUGUCAGAACUACGUGAUACACAGGGAGGAUUGCUAAAAAUGAGUCCGAGUGGUUUGCUGCCAGAAAACCCAAAUGGAGAUUGCCGAAAAAACCUCCCAGAACAGCAUUGUCAUUUAGCAGGGGAUUCCCGUGUCGACGAGAUUCCCCACCUUGGCAUGAAUCAUCUUUUACUAGUCAGACAACACAAUGCUAUAGCAAAAAAACUUCAAGAAAUCAACCCAAAUUGGUCGAACGAAAUAGUUUUUCAAGAAACCCGGAAAAUUAUCAUAGCAUUAAUUCAACACAUUACGUAUAAAGAAUAUUUACCAAUAAUGCUUGGUAAGAAGGCAAUGAACCGACAUAGUUUACGUAUUAGCAGCGGAAGAAAUCCCUUCAAUGACCAGUACGACCAAGGCUUAGACCCAAGAAUUCGAAAUUCUUUUGCAACCGCUGCUCUACGAAUAGGACAUACCUUGAUCGUACCAAGUCUAGCUUACUUAUCUAGUGAAUAUGGAACUUUGUAUCGAGAAAACCUUGACGACAACUUCUUCAGUACUCAUAUGAUUCUGAAAGACGAUGGACAACAUACAGAUAAUAUUGCAAGAUGGCUAACACAUGAACACUGCAUGAAAGCGGACAGAUUUUUCCAGCCUGAAGUACGAAACAAAUUGUUUAAAUUGGAAGGAACAAGUCAUGAUUUAGCUGCUCGAAAUAUUCAGAGAGGACGAGAUCAUGGUCUGCCAGAUUACAAUACAUGGAGACAAUUUUGUGGUUUGAUACCAAUAAAAUUUAGCGAUGAUCCUAUUUUCGAUCACGAUAAAGAAAGCUCUGAUAAAAUCAAAGAACUGUACAGACACGAAUCACACAUUGAUUUGUACGCUGGAGCUAUUUCUGAAACAGCAAAAGCAGGUAGUUUACUAGGCCCAACCUUCCAAUGUAUAUUCGUACGUCAGUUUCAAGCCCUGAAAAGUGGCGAUAGACACUGGUAUGAGAGACCUCGUGGAAAGGCGGGAUUUACUCGGGAUCAACUUAAUUCCAUUAAAUCAAUGAGAUUGUCAAAGAUGUUUUGUGACAAUUUUAACCUACCAAAGAUUCAACCUAAUGCAUUCCUGAAGAGAGGCAGGAAAGUAUAUUGCAAAGAUGUCCCUAGCCUCAAUUUAGAAUUGUGGAAAGAUAUGUCGCAAUAGUUACAAAUGAAUGAAUAAUUUAUCAUCAGAAAAAUAAAGUAGCCAACUGUAAUGAAAUACAGAAUUAAACCUAUAGAUAUUAAA